AUGAUCACAGCAGAAUCGUGGGAUCAAAUGUGCCAAAGGGUGGAAGACCUGCUGGAAGCUUGUGAUAAGUGGAAUUUAUUGAUCAGUGUGACAAAGAGCUUCUGGGGAUACCUGGGACACCGAGUGGCGAUCGAAGGUCUAGAGGCAAACCCGAAAGAUCUGAAAUCUCUGACCGAUCUGCCAUUCCCCGGAUCACUUCGAUCCAUGCAGUCGUUCCUGUGUAGUCUGAACUAUUACAGCCGAUUUAUUGAGGACUAUGCUAUAUACGCCUUCGUUCUAUAUGAGCUACGCGAGAUGGAAUUUGCAGAACUGGAGAAACGAUCGGAUCUGAGGAAGAUCAUGGACCAGAAUGACCCUACCGCGCGGGAUAACGACCCAUCGGAACCCCAGCCUGCGGAACCAGCUCAUAAAGCUUUCACGACUCUAAAGACCAAGAUCGCGACGACGCCGAUCCUCCGCCACUUCGACGAGACGAGAACGCCGGUAGUGAUUGUAUAUGCCAGUGACUGGGCGAUUUCGGCUUCGCUGAUGCAAGAACACGACAGGAUCUACCAUCCUGUUGCGUUCGCCAGCCGCACGCUAAAGACGAAUGAGCUUAACUACAAUGUGACAGAAAAGGAAGUGUUGGUAUUGCUGAGGGUCUUGGAACUCUACUACAAUUUAUUGGUGGGAUGUCCGGGUCCUGACGAGGCAUUCCACGCUGGUCUGGCUGUUCAAGUCGGCGCGAUUACAAGGUCGUUUAGGAUAAUGGUCUGCGCUCCUGGCUCCGUGGACUCUCGAGAUCACGAGAUGCACGAAAGGAGAAGACGAGAUACUGGGGGCGAUCGCUGCCAGCAUCACGCCGAGGUCAAAGAUCGACGUCGCCUUAACCGAUAUCACGCCUCGGAAGGAACCCAAACGCCGGACCCAAACACCGUUAGCUUUGACGGAUCGGCUCGAGUGAAGCGGGGUGAGGGUUCGUUCAGCGCGAUCGUGUGGAGUCUACCUGGGUGGAAGGUGGCCAAGGCCAGAUCAUGCCACCUCGAGAAUCUCACAUUGGACGAAGCAGAGUGCAACGACCUCCUGUUGGUCCUCGACAUGCUAGCGGACUUUGAUCGUAAGCACCUAAUUCGGGGCGAGAUCGAUUGCAAGGCACCCGGGCUGACGCUAUUGAGGUGGAAAGUCCUCGACCGCUUGAGGAAAUGGAGUGACCAUGAGCUAGUGCAUGGGAAGAGAGAUUGGAAUGCGAGUGCCGACAGUCUAGCGAGUGCCGCCUUGCAACGACAAGGCGGGAUCGAAGUCAAUGGUGGUCAGAUCAUCGCGGCCGACUAUGAGGUGGACGAGCAAAAUCUACUCUUUUACUACCCUCCCGCAUCGAGAUCGUGGGACGAUCGCGAUCGGUUGCUGAGGCUGGUAGUACCCGAAACGUUGCAACUGGACGUCUUAAACAACUAUUAUACUAUGUUAGAGGGCAGACAUCAGGGAGCAGUACCUACCAGAGGAUUCGAGAUCACUUUCAUUGGAGGGGAUUAUACCGGAGCGUUCAGAGAUAUGUGGGAGAAUGCGUGGAUUGCGAAACAGGUAAAGGGAGGCCCGAGACCCAAGGAGAGUCAAGAAACGUAUCCGUUCCAGAUAAUUGCGAUGAAUCAUAUACCGUCGCUGCCCAAAUCAAACAGAGGGAACACCGAUCUGUUGAUCCGGGUCGAUCUGUUCACGGGAUACGUGAUCGCGAAGGCUAGCUCAUCCCGAUCGGCCCAGACGGUCGCAAAAUCGUACGAAGAGUGUGUAUUUCGGCGAUUCGGUGCUAGCGAGAUGAUGAGAUACGAUCGAGAACCCGGAUUCAUGUACGACUACUUCCGAUCCGAGCGACGAUGGCGUAUCGGCCUCAAGCCCACGGGAAUUGGAACGAAUGAUACAUACAGCGGUCAGGGUACUCAAGAUGUACGUGCACGAUCUAGAUCAGAAGAUUGGCAUGAGUACGCCGAGCGCCUCACCUUCGCCAUCAACACGGUCCACGAUCGGAUUCGAGGAGAUACCCCCAUUAUCUGGUGCAUGGGUGGGAUCCGAGAUCAACGCUGGAGGCCACAAUCCCAGUCGGAUGUAGCAGACGGCGCGAUCGGGACCCGCGAUGGUGGCGUUAUCGGGACCAACGGCAUUAUCAGCAGUCACGGGAACAAGUUAACGCCAGAAUGCGAGAAGACAUUGCAGAUCGCGCCAGUAGGCAUAAUGAGGACGUUGCUUCACACCAGAUCGAGGCGGGAUCUCGGGUUUGGCAAUAUCUCGACCGGGGGAGAGAGGGUUGGCUCACCUCUGGCAUUUCGGGCUGCCGAAAAGAUCAAUGAAUUCACCAUCAAACCCGAGAUCGCAGGCACGGGAUACCAGAUCUUCCCGGUAAUUCAUGUGUCGAAGGUAAAACUGGUAAAGAACGUCCCGGAUCGACCUCGAGUCGAACGCACUGUGAACGAAUCGGAUCGCCUCGACUUUGACGUGGUCCUGCCCCCGGAAGAUAGUUGGGUCCCAGAUCUCGGAGCCGACGAGUACGAGGUUGAAUGGUUCGCGGAUGAGCGAGGUGGGAAGAAGAGGCGCUUCGGUCGGGUCUACCGAGGAUUUUUUGUGGGAUACGAUGAACCGACCUGGGUCGACGAGGCAGAUCUCAACUGCGGCGCAAUACCGAACGCUUUCCUGCGAGAACGUGUGAAUCACAACUGA